AUGGCGUCCCUCCAACCGCGUCUGACGGACAUGUCCGCCACCAGGCAAAAGGCCUUUGAGGAUGCCAAGAAGAUGCAGAAAGCCGUCGUCGAGACGUGCACAAAGUCCGGAAGGGACAUUCCCCGGUACCAGCUCUCGGAACUGAUUGGCAAGGGAAGCUUUGGCCGCGUCUACAAGGCAACGUCUCAGACUACUGGCAAGCUCGUUGCCGUCAAGAUCAUCGACAUCGAGGAGAGCGACACUGUCAACCCCAAGCUGGCCGACACCUACAGCGACCUCCUCAAGGAGAUCAAUGCCCUGCAGCUGCUAAGCGAAAGCGGCGCCAGGAAUAUCAACCAUGUCAUCGAGGCACUGCCCGUCGGUCAGUCCAUGUGGAUGAUCACCGAGUACUGCGCCGGCGGCAGCGUCGCAACUCUCAUGAGGCCGACCGCCCCCGGUGGACUGCAGGAGAAAUGGAUCAUUCCCAUCCUGCGCGAAGUCGCAGAGGCUCUGCGCUGGGUUCACGGCCAGGGCAUCAUCCAUCGAGACAUCAAGUGCGCCAACGUCCUCAUCACCGAGGUCGGCAACGUGCAGCUCUGCGAUUUUGGCGUUGCUGGCGUCAUUGAGACCAAAUUCGACAAGCGAAGCACAUUCAUCGGCACCCCGCACUGGAUGGCCCCCGAGCUUUUUGACCAGUCAACUUCGUACGGUACUGAGGUCGACAUCUGGGCCUUUGGCUCCUUGGUCUAUGAGAUUGCCUCGGGACUGCCGCCCAAUGUAACGGACGGCAUCGACUUUUCCAGACUGGGCACCCAUCUGAAGCAGCACACGCCGCGUCUUGAAGGGGAUAGGUACUCUACCGGCUUAAAGGAUCUGGCCGCCUACUGCAUGCAGCACGAGGCCGCAAAACGUCCAACCAUUGAGCAGGUCCAGCACCACAAGUACAUAUUCAAAACGGAAGAUGUCUAUCCUUCCUCGUCACUAGCUCACCUCGUACGCGCGUUCAAGUUCUGGGAGGCACAAGGAGGAGAUCGGCGCUCUCUGUUUUCACUAGGCGGCGCACAGGGCUUUUCGGACCUUUCCUCCACCGCAAUGGACAGUGAUGAGUGGAACUUUAGCACCACGGCUGCCUUUGACCAGCAAGUCUUUGACCAUGGGGAUGCCCAGGACGUGUACGAUGUUUACGGUACAGAGGUUGAUUUUAGCCAGCAAGCGUUUGAGGAGACGUCAAAGCCGCAGAAGGGCAAGUCCAGGCGACGGCCACCUCCGCAUUUGCCCUCUGUCAAGGCACCUCUGGAAAAGGUAUUUGACCCAAAUACCAUGUCCAACUACGAAGACAAUUCAAGAGCAUACUACGGGAGACCAUUCCCGACUCCGGCUCCGGCUCCCACUCCCGCUUCAGACCUGCCACUCCGAGAUGAGUCCUCCGCACCGGCCGACGUUCGGGAGUCCCUAAUCGACCUCGAUGCGUCACUGCAUGGCGGCGAUAUAUCCCAAUUCGUCGAUCUGGGAACCAUGAAAGCUGGCGACUCUCAGGUCUCGAUAGACUACGACCUCGGCGACUCGCCCUACCCAAGACCACCGUUGAGUGACCCUGCUGACUUGAGCAACAACCGACGUACCCAGGACUGGAAGUUUCCCACCAUGGCACCGCCUGCGUCCGCGAACCCGGAAAUGUUUCGGUUCCCUCUUACCGAGGAAGGACCGGCCCCCAACUCGGUAAGACCAACGUUGGUGCAUCACCCGACAGAGCCGUAUCAGGCAUCCACGGGCUUCUGCGAGCUUGCGCCCUCCAACGCAGGCACAGUGGACAACCGCGCCUCUGUUGGGAGCUUGAUCGACCUGGACAUGGGUCUCGCAGACUCAACCGACUAUGCCCGACCCUCGACGUCUCACUCGGAUGUGGCUUCCAUGAGCGGCUCAGAAAUUGGCGGCGCAAACCCCUUCGAGCUUGAAAAGCACGCAUCACUCUAUGAGCUGCCAACUACAGUUCGAGAACCCUCCAUCUACGUGUCGGACGAAUCCGAGUUUUCCAACGCCCUCACCGACUAUUCCGACCCCCCCUCGGACAGCGAGCAGCCCCAUCAGGAUGAUCAAGGCCCGCAGCAAAGCUCUUCCUCUUCAAGGCCAUAUUCUCUCAGCGAGUUUGCAGACAUGGACCCAGAAGACAUCACUCCUCAGCAAACAGUCGGACCCGGCGCUUCCAUUUUUCCCUCUACCUAUCAAGCUCACCCCCCUCACCCAGAACCAGCCCCAGGUCAACCGCGCGAAACAGACCAUCCAGAUACGGCCCUACCCCCCUUACCUGCGGCUCCUUCACCAUAUGUCAUGCAGGGGCAGGCAUCGGCAGAGAUUGUCAAGAAUGAGCUGCGUCGACUGGCAAUGAGCCUGGGGGACCACCUGAGUUACGCCAAUGCCUAUUUGGACAGCUUGCCCGUCGGGCGGGGUGGCAUGGCGCGUAUGGAGUCUGUCAGCGACGGAAGCUGA